AUGGUCGAGAAUAAGGUUGACAAGUACAUCGAGCGGGCAGAAAGAGAUGCCAGCCCCGACCGUUUUGGACCUCCUGCCGUGGACCCAGAGAAGGAGGAAGGUCGUGAACAGAUUGCGCGGACAGCUACCGUUUCAAGCUCCUCCACAUCGUCGUCUGAGGCAUCAGACAUCGAGCGCGAAGCAGCCAUGUCUCGCAUACCAACACAACAUGAUGAGGCUAUAGGACUUGAGCGUCACGAGUCAGCAUUGAGCCGGAUCCACACCCAGCGGAGCCAACACUCAGGAACAGUAGGCGCCAGCUUGCGAAGUAGGACGAGUAGGAAGCCGUUGCCCGCCUUUGGAGCAGGAAAGCCAUACCCACCACCGCUACCGGAGCGAGAGGCAUAUGUAGUGGAAUUCGAUGGACAUGAUGAUCCCAUGCAUGCUCAGAAUUGGCCGUUGAAGAAGAAGCUUGCCACCGCUGCUAUGCUUGGGUUUACUACGCUCACGGCGGCGUUUGGUUCGAGUAUCAUCUCUUCGGCGACUGGGGCUAUUGCGCAGAUCUACGGUGUCGGGUCUGUUGUCGCAACAUUGGCAACCUCGCUUUACGUUCUGGGUUUUGCGACCGGUCCUAUCCUGUGGGCCCCCUUGUCAGAACUAAAAGGUAGACGACUGCCGCUUGUCAUCGCGUCGUUUGGAUUCUCUAUCUUCAACAUAUCUGUAGCUGUCUCCAAGGACCUGCAAACGCUGCUGAUCUGUCGAUUCUUCAGUGGCUUCUUCGGUGCUUGUCCUCUGACUUGUGUCGCCGCUGUUUUUUCUGACAUGUUCGACAACCGCACCCGUGGAAUGGCCAUCACCAUCUUCUCUAUGACAGUCUUCUCCGGUCCCUUAAUGGGGCCCUUUAUCGGUGGCUUCAUCGUCAUGUCUGACCUCGGCUACCGCUGGACAGAGUACGUUGUAUCCUUCAUGGGUUUCUUUUGCUUUGCCUGCAACCUGUUCUUUCUCGCGGAGUCGUAUCCGCCACAGAUCCUUAUCACAAAGGCCUCCGAGCUCCGCCGUAGGACGAAGAACUGGGGCAUCCACGCCAAACAGGAGGAGAUCGAAAUCGACUUCCGAGAACUGGUCCAGAAGAACUUUUCCAGGCCUCUGAAAAUGCUGAUCACCGAGCGUAUUGUGCUGCUGCUCAGUAUCUACAUGGCCUUCAUCUACGGGCUGCUUUACCUCUUCCUCACAGCCUACCCACUGGUAUUCCAGGGUGUCCAUGGUAUGAACCUCGGUGUUGGAGGUCUUCCGUUCUUUGGCAUGAUCACUGGUCAGCUUCUUGCCGGAACUCUCAUCUUCGCGCGCCAGUCCGGCUACCAGAAGAAGCUCGCUGCCAACAACAACAUCCCCAUCCCUGAAUGGCGUCUACCAGAGGUCAUAAUUGGUGGUGUAUGCUUUUCUGCCGGUCUCUUUUGGUUUGGAUGGACCGGUUACAACCCGAACGUUCACUGGGUUGUCCCCACUUUGUCAGGUCUUCUCACCGGGUUCGGUCUCCUCUCCAUCUUCCUCCAAGCGCUCAACUAUCUUGUCGACGCCUACCUCAUGUUCGCCGCCUCCGCUAUCGCCGCCAACACGUUCCUGCGUAGUCUGUGUGGAGCCAUCUUCCCUCUCUUUGCACGCCAGAUGUUCGAGGGCAUGGGCAUUCAGUGGGCAUCCACUUUGCUUGGUAUCCUGGCUGCGUUGCUGGUGCCUGUGCCUGUGUGGUUUUACCUCCGUGGUGCGAAGAUCAGGGAAAGGAGCGCUUAUGCGCCGACGAACUUUGGGAAGCCCGCUGCACUGGAGGCAGAGGAGUCGUCGAACGAGCGGUAG